AUGCCUCACCUACGCCGACAACCAAACCCCCACGAUUUGCCGGCAUCGAAUGGUCCCAGUGCCCCAGGCAGCCUCCGCGCACAAUUCCAAACCCCUCCCUCGCGACAAACCCCCUCCAACCCAACCCGCCUCCACGCAUCUUCCACCGGCCCGCCAGAAGUCACCCCCGAACCCGCUGCUACUAUAGCACAUCCCGCGGCACAAACCAGCUUCUUCUCGGUUUUCGGUCGGCCAAGGCUCGAACAACGUCCCCCACCGGUGGUGGACGAGGAGGACGUGUUUGACGACGACUUUGAUCCGAAUGCGCAGGAAAUGGAGCCGGACGAGGAAUUCGAGGAGGAUUCAAAUCCAGAGAAUGACGAUCAGCUUGAGCCAGAGGAUGAUAUGGAGCACUCAGAAUUGGUAGAUGAAGACGAUCUCGACGAGGAAGUAGAUGAUGGGCUUGAAGAUGACCAGGACGAGGAGAUGCACGAUCGCGAGAAGUCACCCUCGCCCCUGCCACCCAAUCUCCGAGAGAUCUCAUCUCUCGCGUCCUGGACCGUCUCAACCUCGAAACCAGGCUGCGGCGUCGCUGCACUCCGACACCCGUCCCCGUCCCAAUACUGGCAAUCAGAUGGCCCACAGCCUCAUACAUUAACUCUCCACUUCUUCAAACUCGUCGCUGUUGUCCGCAUUCGCGUAUACCUCGACUUUGAGCUCGAUGAAAGCUACACGCCUACGAAAAUGAUCUUUCUAGCCGGUAUGGGCGGGAAUGACCUCGUCGAAUUCGGUAGCUGGGAAGGAGACGGGCCCUGUGGCUGGGUCGACGUACCGCUAGAAGGCGUCGGAGGCCGGAAUGGUGGCUGGGUACGCGACGAUGCAGUUCGACGUCACCGCAAAUCAAAGGGUGGCAGCGACGAGGACGAUGAACAAGAACAAGUCGAUGACGAUCCGUACGCGGGGAACGUGCUAAAGGCAAUGGUGAUCCAGAUGCGGAUUUUGGAAAAUCAUCAGAAUGGAAAGGAUACGCAUGUGCGCGGGUUCCAGGUGUUUGCUUGUGAUGAUAAUAGGCGGCGGAUGGCUGCUGCGCCGUCUGCUUCUGCGGAUGGCAGGAGAAGGCGAAGUACGAGGCAGUCUUUGAGGGGAAAUGUGCUUGAUGCGCUGAACGGGCGGAGGGGCAGUGAGGACGUUGAUACGGGGAGGCUCGUUGACACAUCUGGGCUGGAUGAGCCGGAUUGGAUGGGAGAGCCUGUUAUUCGAUGA